AUGUCCUCGGACAAUGGAGGCUGUGUCUCACAAAGUGCCUAUAAAGUCACCGUGGAUAGCUCAGCAUGGGAGGGUGCACCACUGGGUUCCUGCUCUCUGCUCAGCUGUGCUGUUGUGAUGGGGCUCCAGGCUAGAACAAGUUUGCUCCAUGGGGGCCUUUUCCUCCUAGCCACAGUGGUGGCGAUGCUUCUUCUCGGUGCAAGUGCUGGCCCAGCAGUACCCACUGCCAGCCCCCGCAGUGGGUUCCCCGCAGACUGCAGCCAUCUCCGCAAGAACAGCCCCAGUGGGGUGUACGUCAUCCAGCCAGCACGGUCCCCCCCACGCGUGGUGUGGUGUGACAUGGACACCGAAGGCAAGGGCUGGACUGUUGUCCAGAGAAACUCUCAUGACACUGAGCUCACGUGGAAGCAAUCCUGGACCACCUACAAGUACGGCUUCGGGAAUGUGCAGGGCGAUCACUGGCUGGGCACCGAGUACCUGCAUCUGCUGACACAGCAGGGCACCUACAAGGUCCGCUUCGUCGUGCGGAAUAAAGCCAACGUCACCCAUUUUGCCGAGUACGACAUCUUCAGGGUGGAGAGUGAGGCCAGUGGGUACCCCCUGAGGCUGGGCCGAUAUUCUGGUGAAGGGGAUGACUACCUGACACUCUACCACCCCAAGAAGGGGGGCAUCCAUGACAACAUGAAGUUCAGCACAACCGACAAGGACCAAGACCAGUACAGUGGGAACUGCGCCAGCAGCUAUGGGGGCUGGUGGUAUGACAGGUGCCAGAACGUCCUGCUCAAUGCCAAAAACCACAUCCUUUGGCCAGGAUUCUGCGAUAAUGGCGACUGCUCAUCCUCCCUCAUCCUGGUCAAACCCACAGAUGUGUGCUGACCGUGC